AAGCGCCCGUGCCCAGAUCCCGGGGUGGUGGCCUCGCCUGGGCGCCGCCUUCGUUCACUUGGGCCGGUCCGAAGCUGCAGCCACAAAGGAAGAUUGGUGGCUGCCGUGGGCCCCUCACUUCCCCUCUGGAGCCCGCCCAUCCCCAGGGCUCCUCUUCUUGGGAACUUCCUCCUCACAGCUCCCCCUCCACUCCCUCUUCUCGUGUCCUUGCAAAACCAGAGCGCCUUUCCCUGGCAGGGUCAGCGUCCCCCACCCCCGCCCCCACCCCCACGCACCACGUUGGGCCGUGGGUAUUUAUAGAAACAGAUCUGUGUGAGGGGACUGCCAGGCAGUGGGGCGGAAAAAUCGAUCCCCCCCAAGAACCUCCCAGGUCUGGCUCCUUGCAAGGCAGGGAGCAUCGCCAAUUGUCCCCCGCGUGUGGAAGCAUGUUUUAUGAGUGCUACAGGUUUGAGCACAGCAGAAAUUGUAAUUAACUUUAACAAAAAUAAGAGCCACGGCAGCAGUCAAAACAACAAGCCACCCCUGUAGGCUUCUGCCGGCGAAUGUUUUUCAAAAGGAAAGGGUUUUGGAAGCGGGAGGGUUUGGCAAAUGCCAGAUGCUCCGCGGAGGGCCGGCAGAAACGGACAGCCCCCGGCGGCGGCGGAGAUCGGCAGACUGGAUCCCUUUGCUCGGUCUCCGGAGAUGGCCCUGUGAUGGUGACUGCCCGCCUCGAGGAGAUUGGCGGCAGCAAGCACACGAUGAAUGAUCACCUCCACGUCAGCAGCCACAGCCAUGGACAGAUCCAGGUUCAGCAGCUGUUUGAGGACAACAGUAACAAGAGGACAGUGCUCACCACACAGCCGAACGGGCUGGCCUCCAUGGGCAAGGCGGGCUUGCCCGUGGUUCCCGAGCGGCAGCUGGAGAGCAUCCAUCGCCGGCAGGGCAGCUCCACCUCCCUGAAGUCCAUGGAAGGCCUGGGGAAGGUGAAGGCUGCCCCCAUGUCCCCUGAACAGGCAAUGAAGCAAUACAUGCAGAAACUCACCACCUUUGAACACCAUGAGAUUUUCAGCUACCCUGAAAUCUAUUUCUUGGGUCCAAACGCCAAGAAGCGCCAGGGCAUGACUGGCGGGCCCAACAACGGUGGCUACGACGAUGACCAGGGUUCGUAUGUGCAGGUGCCUCACGAUCACGUGGCUUACAGGUACGAGGUCCUCAAGGUCAUCGGGAAGGGGAGCUUUGGGCAGGUGGUCAAAGCCUACGACCACAAGGUCCACCAGCACGUGGCCCUGAAGAUGGUGCGGAACGAGAAGCGCUUCCACCGGCAGGCAGCUGAGGAGAUCCGGAUCCUGGAGCACCUGCGGAAGCAGGACAAGGACAACACCAUGAAUGUCAUCCACAUGCUGGAGAACUUCACCUUCCGCAACCACAUCUGCAUGACGUUCGAGCUGCUGAGCAUGAACCUCUAUGAGCUCAUCAAGAAGAAUAAGUUCCAGGGCUUCAGCCUGCCUCUGGUUCGCAAGUUUGCCCACUCGAUCCUGCAGUGCUUGGAUGCUUUGCACAAAAACAGAAUCAUCCACUGUGACCUUAAGCCUGAGAACAUCUUGCUAAAGCAGCAGGGUAGAAGUGGGAUCAAAGUGAUCGAUUUUGGCUCCAGCUGCUACGAGCAUCAGCGCGUCUACACAUACAUCCAGUCCCGUUUUUACCGGGCUCCCGAAGUGAUCCUCGGUGCCAGGUACGGCAUGCCCAUUGACAUGUGGAGCCUGGGCUGCAUCCUCGCGGAGCUCCUCACGGGGUACCCCCUCUUGCCCGGGGAAGACGAAGGGGACCAGCUCGCCUGUAUGAUCGAGCUCUUGGGCAUGCCCUCCCAGAAACUGCUGGAUGCCUCCAAACGAGCCAAAAAUUUCGUGAGCUCCAAGGGUUAUCCCCGGUACUGCAGUGUCACGACGCUCUCGGACGGUUCUGUGGUCCUCAACGGUGGCCGAUCCCGGCGGGGGAAACUGAGGGGCCCGCCUGAGAGCAGAGAGUGGGGGAACGCUCUGAAGGGGUGCGACGACCCCCUUUUCCUUGACUUCUUAAAACAGUGUUUGGAAUGGGAUCCUGCAGUGCGCAUGACCCCUGGCCAGGCUUUACGGCAUCCCUGGCUCAGGAGGCGCUUGCCAAAGCCUCCCACCGGAGAAAAGACAUCAGUGAAAAGGCUAACAGAGAGCACUGGUGCUAUCACCUCGAUUUCCAAGUUACCUCCACCUUCCAGCUCAGCUUCCAAACUGAGGACUAAUUUGGCACAGAUGACAGAUGCCAAUGGGAAUAUUCAGCAGAGGACAGUGUUGCCAAAACUUGUUAGCUGAGCUGAGUCCCUGUCCCCCCCUCCCCCCUCCCCCUCCCCCUCCCCCCCCACGCUGGUAAUCUGAAAGAUACGUUGCUGAGCCUUAUUGGGUUGAAAAGGAGUAGCUCAGACCUGUUUUUAUUUGCUCAAUAACUCAUUUGUAUCUUUUCAGCACUUAUUUUAAUGUUAGAAAGUUUUUCCUUUUGUUUUUAUAAAAUACAUGGGGACAAUGCUUUAAGUUUUUAUACUUUAUGAAACUGUUUGUGUUCUAAAAGUACGAUGAGCCUUACUGUAUUUAGUGUGGCAGAGUAAUAAACAUCAGUGGCAGGCCAUUGAUUACUUCAUGACUGCCACGCAUUUACAGAUUGGUGUCAAAGACAUUCACUGUUUUUCUGGUUCCUAGUAUAUUCUCCCCAAGGUGAUUGCCCCCCAGGGUCCCCCUUCUCCCAGGCCCCACCUUCAUACACAGGUGUAGCAUGUCCUGCUUCCGCUCCCCGUACGUCUUUGGGGUGGUAGCAAAAAAAAAUGAUGGGAAUGAGUAUGGUUAGUACAAAAUGACAUCUUAAGAUACCCUACCUUAGGGAUUUCCCCGACCCCCAAAACAAAACCAGAUCCCCAAGGUUUAAACGCCCAGUUAGUGUUCUGACUUUCUGACAGUCAACAACGCAGACCUGAUGGAUAAGUGGAAAUGUGUGUAUUCCUCCAAUCUUCUAAUGUAAUGAGUGAGCUGUUUUGAAAAGAAGCCUCCUGUUACAGAAUUGGUUUGGUACCUAAAUUUAGAAAUGUAUUCCAUGAACUGUUCCUUCUCUUUGCUUUUCUCUUCUCUGUUCCUCUUUUACCACACAUCUGUUGCUUGCAUUUAGGGACUUUUUUUUCCCCCUUCCAAUAUAUAUUCCAGACUGUUAAUACAAAAAAUACAUUUCAGCUGUGACGAUGACCAUCGUUUCCUAUUCCAGUGUGAAAAAGAACAGCAGCCUAGCUACUAAAGGGGGGGGGUUGUAGUUCUGAAGGUUUGAGCAGAUUUGAGUGAGUAGUUCACACUUUUCAGGUGCCACUGUACGAUUCUCUUAGCCUGGGAAAUUACCUGCUUUAGAACACAAGAGGAUUCAGAAUCCUCCUGAUGAACAGGUCAUUGUGACUGUUCAGUAAGAACAAUUAACCAACUGUUAAAAUUUUAACAACAAAUUUAAAAAUGGAAAAGUUCAAUCUCAAGUUAAAUGGUUUGACUUAAACUUUGCAUCUUUGGAAAACCCAGACAUCCCAUCCCUCUAUUUUAUUUUACUUUUCUUUUAAAUUGCACUGAUUGUUUUUGUGGUAAUGACACUUUACAUGGAAAAUUAACUGCGGGUUAAGUAAAAGAUAUUUUCUUCUCUGAAUAAUAAUUAUUUUCACAGUGAAAACUUCAGUAUUUUAUCACUAAUGUAUGAGCAGUGAUAUCUAUCAAUUUCACAAAGGCACAUGGAAAAAUUUUUUUAGUAUGUGCAAUUUAGAAAGAUUUCUGCCUGUUUGGACAAUAGGUUUGGGGUAGUAUAAAUUAAGAUAAACCUUUUAUAUGUACUGAUAGUAUUGUAUUGCCUGUAAAUUGAUUUAAAAGUACUUAAAGCAUGGUCCCCAGUGAGGCCAAGAAAGUUUCCGGUUUUCUUUUAAUCCGUUCCUCUUAAAAAGAAAAAAAGUUUUGAAUAAAACACUUUACUUAUCUUGAGGCUUUGUCAGUUGAUGGUGGAGAAAAAUGCUCAGGAAAUAUUACAGAUAUUUGCCAAAAACCAGUAAUAAAAACUAGCUUAUUAAUAAGAUAGUGCUGUUGUUGUUUGCUAUACUAUUUAAGGAUGUCACUGAUAAGUUUAUUUGUGCUUCUGGAUCUAGAAAUAUCUUUUUUUCCCCUUUUCCACUUCUUUAGCAUAGUGUCCCCAUUUCUGUGUCAUCUGUGGAAGUGCAAUAAUAGGUUAGUUGCAUUUUAAGUAAUGCUCGUGUGAUGAUACCCCAUCAGUGGCUUAAUAGAAUUGAAAGAUUAUUAAACACUUGACUCAAAGACAUACAAGUGUAAGACUUGGUAUGGUGGCUAUGUACAACCUCAGACUGCUUAAUAAUGGUUAGCUUUUUUAGGUCAUUAAGAUCAACAUAAAGCCUGCUUCCUCUUGGCAGUUUCCCCUUCUAUAUCUACUUCUCUAGGUUCUCGUUCAGUUUUCUUUUUUAAUUUUCAUAAAGUUGUUCACAAUAAUGGAUUACAUUCAAUAUUUGGACACCAGUUCCCACCACCAUUACACCUUCCCACUACCAUUAUUUUGAAUUUUCCUGCCACCACUCAAACCUCCCAAAAAGGCAGAUGCUAGAUAAUUUAAUUCUCAUUUAGUUUUUAAAGCUAUGAACCUGAGCCUACCAUUAAUACGGAUUCCCUAUAAAAUAAAAUUACAUGUGAAAAUUUCUGAAUGGACUAAUACUGCUGUCUUCCCUCUACCACACAAAACUGAUCAUUAAUAUGCCAACAGUGCAUUUGUUCCUGUAGUUAUUCGCAAAUGCAACCGGAAACUUUUAAGCCAAACUACUCUGUGCAACGCAAUGGGGCAUCUCCUCCCUCCCUCUGACAUGGUGAACUUUCCCUCAAGAGCUGCCAUGUUCAGUGUUUAGUGAUAGAGCUACUUAAAAUCUAGUUUAAUUACAGUUGUCAAAAAAGGAAGAAAAUGUUUCUUCUUAUGUUAAAGCAUAAGUGAAGGGCUUGGAUAGGCUACUAGGAGUUGGCUUGGAAACAGUCCUUGGUCUCACAGGUUACCAUUGUCUAGGGACGUCUGAGCUAUUUUCAGAUUUUGGAAUAGCACAGUGUCGUUUUGUCCUCGGUUGCAGUCUCAUCUGGCUCCGUUUCUUGCACCACCAGAGGGAUCAUUACCACUUAAGUGUAUUCCUACAACCACGGAACAACAGUGAUGCAAGACAGUGUAGAUUAACAGUAGAGGAGAAAUCGUGCCCUUCGUGUUAACAAUGUGCCUUUUGUUCUCGAUGCCAUGUUGUAGGGCAUGCAUUUUUUUGCCUCUUUAACUCUUUGAAUACUAGGCAGUAAGGAUGGAAUACAUCUCUGCAAAGAUACAUCUGUCUUAAAUAUCCAGUUACUUAUAGGCCUUAAUAGAAACCAUAAGGCAUAAAUUAAUCAUCUGGCACUGAAAAAGGUAACCCUUGGUUAUUUGCACAGGGCAUUCCUAUAUUUAAGGGGUUAAAGAUGGUCUUUGUUGUAUCUUAACAUCUAACUAAUUUUUUAAAUAAUAUUUUUUUGUUAUGGUAACACUAGACAAAAGUCGACUGUAUUUGUAUAAAUUUACCUCAAACCGUUUAAUUUUAUAGUGUGAUUAAUCCCAGGGCAUUUGGUAUGAACCAAAGUGCAUUCCUUUUUCUAUGUGCCUGGCUCUAGCAAGGAUGGCCAGGGAUUUUUACAAUUUGGGUGCAAGGCACUUAAGCCACUUUUAAACUUAAUGGGUGGUUCGGAGUCCUGUUCAAGGACUUCCUCAGAAUGUUAGGAAACACUUUAGGCAUCAGUAGCAUUGGGCCAUAUUGGAAUCUUAAAAGUGUGAAUUAUUUUAAAGAGCAUUCAUUUUUGUAAUUUUUUUCAUCAAAAAUAUUUCUGGUAAGCAGAAGACUUUUUAAAAAAAAAUCUGAUUGGGUUGGAAAAGGUUUUAAUAUUGCCCAACAUAAUGCUGUGGUAGCAUUAAAAUCAAAGUAUUUGUGAACUCUGUUUCUUAGGGGCUUGUACAUCUCUCUGCUAUGGACAUAUAUAAAAAUUGUAAUUAGACUCAGCUCAACUGCUACAGUAAUGUCUAGGCAGUGGCUCGGGAUUUUUCGAGCAACAACUUAGACAUGUGACUGUAAUAUGCUGCAACUGUGUGUACUGAAAAUAUGUGAAACUGGUUGAAUGUGGACUGUAUAUAUGUAUGUAAAAUUUCUGUGAGAUGCUGCUGUCGCCACUUAACAUGAAAUAUGUUCUAGUGGAUUUUAAUCCUAGUGGCCAGUUCUAUGAUACUGUAUGUAUUGUACAGCUGAUGACAGGAGUAAGACUGUUCAGUGAAUAUUUGUUAAAUUUUAUUGUCGUGGCCAGAGAUAAUUUCAGAAUAAAAUUUUAAUGUCCUACCUUA